GAACCACACUUGAGAGAAACACAUACGUUGUAUUUGGGACGGAACGGAGACCAUACGAUGUCGAGCUUUCCUUGGAUCAGAAUGACCUUUUUUGCCAGCGGCUUGAUGGGGAUAGGAUACGGUAUCAUGCGAGCUACCACACCCACUCCUGAGCAGACGUAUGCUGCUUUGGCCCCUGACCUCAGGCGAAAGGUUGAUGCUAAUCGCGCGGCGAGGCUGGCCCAGGAAGAAACAAUGAAACGACAGAUAAACGCCCAGCUGGCUGAUCCAGACGUGCAAAAGCCAGUCUGGGCCGACCCUUCAAAACCGCGGUAGAAAGUCAGAAAAAGAUACCGUCUCGCUCUCGCUUUGGGUUCCGCCCUACCUGAGUACAUUCGCGCGGGGUCAUAUCAAUCUGGUUUUCAGAGUUUCGUGCUUUCCAGGACAUAUCAAUAUCACCAUCAUCAUCAUCAUCUCACACUUUGUAAUGGGCUCUAAAUGUAUAUUUCUUCCCUCCUCCACGCCUCGCAAUAUAGUUAGUUCGGAGCCGAUUCGAGCCGCCCCCAGGGUGCUGUUCAGUGUGGGGAUUCAUGCCCUUGGUCUAGGGGCGCAUCAAUGACUGUAUGUUUUCCCUUCGGUAAUCACGAUACAUUUGUCAUUCGCUAUCAGAACCAGGCUGACUAGUAGUACUUGAAAUACAUGUGGACCUGUAUUUCAGUUCACAUAGUCACUCG